AUGAAUUCUGAAAAGCCGAUCCGCCGGAAACGGAUGCGUGAUGUACAUUCGUGCAUACCUUGUCAUCGGAGGAAGGUCAAAUGCGAUAGGAAGUUACCUUGUGACAGCUGCAAUAUCAAAGGACUGGGGAAGGAAUGCUUCUACAGCACACCUAGGAAAGGUGAGGCGAAUGUCACCACACCCAACAUCUACAAUCGUGAAGGAGUCAAUCAUUGGAGAAGCUCCCUUCGGCUCCAAACGCGGGAAAAUAAGAACAUCGUACCCCUUCCUCUUCAUCCCCAGCCCAAACCAAUGGAUUAUCAUGCUCUAGAGGACCAGGAGUCUGUUUUGCGACAUCGAGGAAAGGGGUAUCGUCCCAGCACUGAAAGUGAAAACGGUGGCGUUGCAGCGGCACCACCUAAUAUGAUGUUUGCGCGUCACCAAAGAGGCAAAGCCAAAUUCAAGGGACCGUCUCAUUGGGUUCUUCUUGCCGCCGAAUUUGAAGAAUUAUCCCCUUUCCUGUUCGGCAAAGAACAAGCUUCCGAUAGCAUAAAUCAGCAACUUCGAGACUUGAAACAAUUCUACCCCGUCCGAGCGUACCGAAACUACCCCUUCCGCGGCGUCUCGAUUACUCCCUGGACGAAAGAACAUGUUUACUCGAUUGUGCCGCCACGAGAUGUGGCUGACCGCUUCAUUGAGAAUUAUUUCGACUCCUUUGAGAAGACGCAUCGCAUGUUGCAUCGCUCGGUAUUCGCAGAAGAAAUGCAAAACUUCUGGAACUCUCCGUGGUCUCCCAACUAUGAGUGGCUGGCACAGCUACUCAUCAUGCUUGCUCUCGGAUGUCCGACGAAAGAUAGACUCGAAGACACCAGACUGAUCGGGACACUUUUGGACGGCGCAGAAGCGUGCCUAAUGCAGACACGAUUCAUGGCCAAGCCGACGCUGACCACUAUUCGAGUCAUGACUAUGAUGGCAAUCGCAAAGCAAAUUGAUCUUGUGUCUUUCGACGAUUCUGAUGGGGUUUGGUCUUUCUUGGGUCUAAUUAUUCGGUUCGCCUUGUCUAUGGGCCUGCAUCGUGAUCCCAAAUGGUUUGAAUCCAUGUCAAUAUUCGAAGCAGAAAUGCGGAAACGACUAUGGACAACCCUUGUUUUUAUAGAUUCGCAAAACUCUCUCGAGUCUGGUAUGCCACUACUUCUCCAAUCCGAUGAUUACGACACACCUGCUCCCCUCAAUUUCAAGGACGAUGAUCUCCGGGAUAACUCGAUCACGGACCCGACGCCUGAAGAAUCGGACGACGUGACAGAGUCAAUGUUUCAGAUAAUUUUGUCUCGAUCAUUUCCCACUGUCUUGAAUAUCAUUCGCCGUAUAAAUCGACCUUUGGAUGCGGAAGGGUACCGCAUGGUCCUGGAAUAUGAAGCUCAAAUAAGAGAUCUUCUUCAAAUGACUGGGAAGAUUUAUCGUUCAAGCAAGACGAAAGACGUUGCUUUUUCUGGCGACAUGUCAUGGAAAGACUUCCAACGCAUGACAUUGGAGAUCUACCUACGUCGGGCUCUGCUGGCAUUACACCUACCAUUCUUCACGACGGCUGAUGCAGCCACAUUAUAUCCGACGUCUCACUGGAGCGCAUUGGAAUCCUCACUGGCGAUCAUCGUUAUCCAACGAACCCUGUACGAAGAACGCACAGAUCCCACUUCCAUUGAGUGGUUUGCCGAACUGUUUAAAGGUGAUUUCUUCCUCGCAGGACUUUUUGUAGCGCUGGGGAUUCGGCGCAAAAGCUUCAAGACAACGACGCCUCCCCCAGAAAAUCGUCUUGCCGAAGCAGAAAUCGCAUCGCACACCCUCGAUGCCUGCCUGGCUAUUUGGGCCUCGAAAGUCGGAAUAUCAGCAGAUCAUUUCAAAUCCCAUCUGACAUUGGGCGUGUUGAUCGCAGCGAUUAAAUCAGAUGAGUGGAAGAAGCCGCUCGCAGUUGCAAUGGAGGAGGUUGCAGCUACGACGAUCGCGACAGUGACGGCUUCAAUGGAGAAAAGAGUAAAUGGGGGAUCUCCCAUCGUCCUACCGCCAUGA